AUGCCAAGUUAUGCUAAAUUCAUGAAAGACUUGUUGUCAAAGAAAAGGAAGCUUCAAGAAGAUGAAACAAUUAUGCUUACAAAGGAGUGCAGUGCAAUAAUUCAACAAACAUUACCUCCCAAGUUGAAGGAUCUUAGAAGCUUUGUCAUUCCAUGUGAGAUUGGAAAUAUAACGGUGGGUAAGGCAUUGUGUGACCUUGGUGCAAGCAUCAAUUUGAUGCCCUUGUCCAUUUUUAAAAGGCUGGGUAUUGGAGAAGUGAAGCCUACUAUGAUAACUCUACAAUUGGCAGACCGUUCAAUGACUUAUCCUUGUGGAAGAUGUCUUAGUGAAGGUGGAUAA